AUGGUGACGCGCGACGACGCGACGGCAGGAGAAGCAGCCACGGCAGUUCCAGCAGCACCACCAAGCCAGACGUCGCCAACGUCUCCGACAUCCCCGGCAUCAUCCAGCGCACCAGCAGGCGCAAGCGGCGUGCCGCGCGUACAGACCUCAUCAUCCACAUCGUCGACGUCGUCUUCCGCACGCAAUAACAACAAUGGCCGACUCCGCCGGCGCCCGACGAGCAGCACCAGCUCCCCCAUCAAGACGCGCCCCCGAGCCGCCACCUUCCGCACCGUCGAAGACUUUGACGGUCUGGCGACGAACUACCAGGAGCGGCCGGGAUGGCAACCCGGUUCGGAGCCGGGCUUCGACCCGGGCCUCCCGGACGGAGGGCACGCGUCCAUGCCGACGCUCAGCGUCCCCUGCGUGAUAACGGUCGUGGACUUCUCGUCCGACAGGGUGGAGACGAGGCACAUGGGCAACGACGACUUCAUCCGGUUCCUGGACGAGGAGCCGCAGCCGGCCGGAUGGGUCAAGUGCCGGUGGAUCAACGUCAACGGCAUCAGCUGGGACGUCAUACAGGCCGUGGGCGCGUGCAAGGGACUGCACAAGCUGGCGCUCGAGGACGUCAUGAACCUCCGCAACAGGACCAAGAUGGACUGGUACCCCCACCACGCCUUCGUCGUCAUGACGCUGCAGAAGCUGGUGCACCUCGUCGACUCCUCUUCCGACUCCUCGUCCGACUCGGACGAUGACGGCGGUGACGACUCGGACGACGACGGCCACCGCCGCUCCAGCCGCUCCAGCCGCUCCAGCAGCGCCGGCACGAGCGUCCACUCACGCAAACGCUUCUCCUACCUCCGCGAGGCGUUCGGGGACCUGCUGCGCUCUCGACAGCAGGCUCGUCGCCAUAACCAGCAGGACCAGGAGAAAGAUGUAGCGGGCCGCUGCACCACCCACGACGACGGCAACGGCAACGCGGCCGACCUGGGACUGCGCGAGACGGGCAUCCUCCGCACCCUGCAGCGGUACCACGCAUCCGGCAACGAGGCCCGCACCGAGUUCAUGGAGCGACACUCGUCCCUGGCACCGCACAAGAUGGCCAUCUCGGCCGAGCAGGUGUCCGUCUUCCUCACGUCGGACAACACGGUCGUGUCCUUCCUGGAGACGUCGGCGGGGGACGUGGAGCGGCCCAUACUGGCGCGCCUGUACACGCGGGGCACCGUGCUCCGCCAGUCCUGUGACGGCUCCCUGCUCGUCCAGGCCAUCAUCGACGCCAUCAUCGACCUCGCCAUCCCCCUGAUGGCCGUCUACAACGACAUCAUAGGCGACCUGGAGCUCGACGUCCUCACCGCCCCCUCCAUCCACCUCAGCCGCAGCCUGUACAUCUGCACCAGCGAGAUCAACAAGAUGCUCAGCUUCCUCGGCCCCAUCGAGAACCUCGUCAACGGCCUGCGCGACCACCGCACCAGCCUCGACCACGACUCCGCCAUGGCCCUCCUGGCCGACCCGGCCGCCGGCGUCAUCAUCAGCCCCCAGACCCACACCUACCUCGGCGACGUCCUCGACCACAUCAUCAUCAUCACAGAGGGUCUCAGGCAGUCCAGGAUGUCGUCCGACAACCUCAUCAGCCUCAUCUUCAACACCAUCUCCGCCACCCAGAAUGAGAGCAUGAAGCAGCUCACCAUCGUCACCAUCAUUUUCCUCCCCCUGACAUUCAUCACCGGUUUCUUCGGUCAGAACUUCCCAGAGGAGGGAUUUCCAGAGAUCAAGAAUGGUAUCUGGUAUUUCUGGUCAUGUGCCAUCCCCACCGCCUUCGCAACGAUCCUCAUCCUCAUGCGCGACCAACUCUACGCCACCCUCGUCCGUCUCCUCCAGAGAAAGCACAUUGGCACCAUCCGCAAGAACAAGAAAAGGGCCGCGAGGAAGCACAAGAAGAAGAGCAAGACGACUGUUCAAAGCGACAAUAGCGGACCUUAUAACAAUGUC